UCAAAUUUAUACAAACUCCUUGCUUUCCGCCCUGCAAAAUCAGCACUACUCCUUCCGUACUAUGGCCCUGCCUCCAGGACAUUAACCUGUACAUUUACACGUACCUAUAAUCCUCUUUACAUUCCAUCUAUAAAUUCCUCUAAUUCCUUCUCCAUUUGCCAUAACAUUCAUUCACUGACAUCUCCAGCUUUUACCCUUUACUUUCUUUUUCCUCCUCCUUUUCAUACUCUUUCUCUGUUUCUCUUCAUACAACAUAUGAGAGAAGGAAGAGACUGUUCACCAAGGAAGACUUGUUGCAGGUGUAUUGUGUAUGAUGGAGAGUCCGAAUUUUUCACCAUCCCACGGAGGAGACCCCUCUCGCCCCUCUCUCGGAUUCCCUCUCGGCACAGCCAUCCUUUUAAUUAUCAUUUUCAGCUUAAGUGGCAUCUUCUCUUGCUGCUAUCACUGGGACAAGCUUAGAUCCCUCCGUCGCUCUUUAUCCGACGACAUCAAUCCUCAAUCUGACAUUGAAGCCUCACCCUCCAAAACUAAGCCUGCAGACAUGAAUUGGAAGAACAACCAGAGCCAGAGCUUGCCAGUACUAAUGCCAGGAGACCAGAUCCCAAAGUUCAUAGCUUUACCAUGUCCAUGUCAACCCCCUCGAGAAGAAAAUAUUGUUGUCAAAGUGCAGAAGCCGCCCAAAUCGCCACGUUUCCCGGUACCUUUGUAUUAGCAUUAGUAAGAUCGAUCAUUUGGCGUAUAUACAAUUUCAUUUACUGAUAAAUUAAGCUAGUUUUACCAUUUGUUUACCCUUUUCCCCAAUUUGGAAGAAUUGCAAGUCAUUUUGCAUAGUAUUGCAAUUUGUUUUCGUCACCUAAGUUUAUCAUUUGCAGCAUUUCAUGUCCAUAUUACAGAAAAUACAAUCUUUUCCAGGCA